UGAGGGUGAUCAGCUGAAGGAAUUGGCUGUUUCUGCCAAUCAUACUACUGCAAAGAUGCUGUUAUAGUUGUAGCGAUGAGAGAGAUGGGAGGACAGAGAGAGCAAGAGGAGGAAAAACAUCUGACUACAACCCAACAAGAAACAGCAAGAGGUUGGAAGCAGUAAACAGCUGGUGUUCGUGAGAGACUGAAGAGUUUUCAUAGCAUUUUGGUUGUUCUAUGAAAUCUCUCUGGACUAAUCCCUAUAUCCAAGAAGGAAGGUGCUGGGGAGAAUCAUUCCAGCUGGCUGCACUAUUGGAAGGAAGGCAGGGUAUACGUGUGUGUGUGUGUGUGUGUGUGAGAGAGAGUAUAUAACACGAGGGCUUUUGUUACGGCAAUUCAGUCUCUUUUACCUCCUUGGCCACUGAUUAAACCUAAUGCUGGACCCGAUCGAGAAGACUGACAAGUAGCCUUUAACUCUCCUGAACCGAUGAUCACAGCUAUAUCCUCAGAGGAGGCUGCGUUGCAUUAAGUCACGAAUCAAUCCUUGCAGGUAGUAAUACAUCUCUAUGGUGACCAGCUUUACCUUCUGCCAAAUGCAGCAGUCAGCUGCUGCAAAGAUCCACAGAUACAUGUAUUUUUAAUAGAUCUCAGUUUAUAAGCUUUACCAUUAAUGCCGUGCAAUGGUCACAUAAGCUUAUUGGAAGGAGUGCAAAGUCACUUCUGUGUUCUUCUUACCUUGACACUUUAAUAUGAACCCAUAAAGACGCAGCACUGAAAUCUGACAAAACAAAAAAUGAAUCUAUUUAUAAAGCUACGAAGAAGCUUCCGAACACUAGUAAUACUCUUAGCCACCUUCUGCCUUGUGAGUAUAGUCGUUUCUGCUUACUAUUUGUACUCUGGCCCCAAGCACUCGAUAGUACUUAUUGAGACAACAGCCCAAACGGAAUGUGGUGAUAUCCAUCUGUUACCAUACAAAACAAUAGAACUGAAGACUGCGAAACCAGCUGGUACCUCCAAAAAAGAUCUCAUGGUGUUACUUUUUGUAGAGAGUCAAUACUCUCAGCUUGGCCAGGACAUUGUAGCAAUUCUGGAAUCAAGCCGAUUUCAAUAUCACAUAGUUAUUGCACCUGGGAAAGGAGAUAUCCCUCCUCUUACAAAAGACGGAAGAGGUAAAUAUGCAAUUAUUAUAUAUGAAAAUAUUUUGAAGUAUGCAGCGAUGGACUCAUGGAACCGAGAACUCUUGGAAAAAUACUGCGUUGAAUACAGCGUUAGCAUUAUUGGUUUUCAUAAAGCAAAUGAAAAUAGUCCGCCUACUACAAGAUUGAAAGGCUUUCCAUUACUCCUUUAUAAUAAUGUGGCUUUAAAGGACUGUUUUGUAAAUUCAAACUCCCCAAUGUUGCACAUAACUAAAUCUUCAGCUAUUGAGGAAGGACCUUUGCAAGGAGAAGACUGGACAGUUUUCCAAUACAACCAUUCCACGUACCAACCUGUUGUUUCAGCUCAGUUGCAAAUACCCGAUAAAUAUAAUAAUAUUUUACCAAAUUCAAUCCCUCAUGCCAUGGUAAUCCAGGAUCUAGGCCUUCAUGAUGGAAUUCAAAGAGUUUUAUUUGGCAACAACUUGAACUUCUGGCUACAUAAACUAAUUUUUAUAGAUGCAAUAUCAUUUUUGUCUGAAAAGAAACUUACCUUACCCUUGGACAGAUACAUUCUCGUUGACAUAGAUGACAUAUUUGUGGGAAAAGAGGGAACUAGAAUGACUGCAAAUGAUGUUAAGGCAUUACUAGAGACACAACAAUUACUGCGCACUCAGGUUGCAAAUUUCACCUUCAAUCUUGGAUUUUCAGGGAAGUUCUACCACACAGGUACAAUUGAGGAAGAUGAAGGAGAUGACCUUCUUUUGAGAUCAGUGGAUGAGUUCUGGUGGUUUCCUCAUAUGUGGAGUCACAUGCAGCCUCACCUCUUCCAUAAUGAGUCUUCACUGGUUGAACAAAUGAUCUUAAACAAAAAAUUUGCACAAGAACAUGGUAUUCCAACAUAUAUGGGUUAUGCCGUGGCUCCUCAUCACUCAGGUGUCUAUCCUGUUCAUGUUCAACUCUAUGAAGCCUGGAAAAGGGUUUGGGGCAUAAGAGUUACCAGCACAGAAGAAUAUCCUCACCUGAAACCUGCACGAUACAGAAGAGGAUUUAUACACAAUGGCAUAAUGGUUUUGCCUCGACAAACUUGUGGUUUGUUCACACAUACCAUAUUUUACAAAGAAUAUCCUGGUGGACCAAAUGAACUGGACAAAAGUAUCAGAGGAGGAGAACUUUUUCUCACUGUACUAUUAAACCCUAUCAGCAUCUUCAUGACACACUUAUCUAAUUAUGGGAAUGACCGCCUCGGCUUGUACACAUUUGUUAACCUCGCUAAAUUUGUACAAACUUGGACCAAUUUGAAACUGCAGACUCUUCCUCCAUUGCAGCUGGCUCGUAAAUAUUUUGAACUCUUUCCAGAGCAAAAGGAUCCUCUUUGGCAGAAUCCAUGUGAUGAUCGAAGACAUCGGGACAUCUGGUCACGAGAUAAAAAUUGUGACCGCCUACCAAAAUUCCUCGUCAUAGGACCUCAAAAAACAGGCACAACAGCACUUUACUUAUUUCUGCUAAUGCAUCCUAAUAUCAUAAGCAGCUUUCCAAAUCCAAAGACAUUCGAGGAAGUUCAAUUUUUUAAUGGGAACUAUUAUCACAAAGGAAUUGAUUGGUACAUGGAUUUCUUUCCUUAUCCAUCAAACAAAACUUCUGAUUUCCUAUUUGAGAAGAGUGCUAAUUAUUUCAGCUCUGAAGAAGUACCCAAGAGGGUGGCAGCACUCCUACCAAAAGCAAAAAUUAUCACCAUACUUAUAGAUCCAUCGGAUCGGGCAUACUCCUGGUAUCAGCAUCAGCGAUCUCAUGAAGAUCCUGCUGCCUUAAAAUAUAGCUUCUAUGAAGUUAUUUCUGCUGAUCAUACCGCACAUGCAGAACUGAGGACCCUGCGGAAAAGAUGUCUAGUGCCUGGCUUGUUUGCGUCUCAUAUAGAACGAUGGUUAGCCCAUUUUCCACCCUCACAGCUGCUAAUUAUUGAUGGACAGCAUUUACGAAGUGACCCAGCUAUUGUGAUGGAUGAGGUGCAGAAGUUUCUGGAAAUUUCGCCGCAUUAUAAUUACUCUGAGACUUUAACAUUCAAUCCCCAAAAAGGCUUCUGGUGCCAACUACUGGAUGGUGGAAAAACGAAAUGCCUUGGGAAGAAUAAAGGUCGCAAGUACCCUCCAAUGGAUUUGGAGUCUAGAGCUUUUCUGUCAAGUUAUUACCGGGAACACAACAUUGAAUUAUCCAAACUUCUACAUAGACUGGGACAACCAUUACCAUCAUGGCUGAGACAGGAACUGCAGAAAUGUAUCUAUUUAAUGAAGACAUCAACAUGUGGGCUCAGCUAGAACACGUCUUCACACAAGGAUUCCUAGGCUGACAGGUGAAAAGCAAGACCCAGUUGGAAAAUACUCUAAACUGUUUUUAAUACCUUACCUUCACAAGAAAAGUAUUGAUAGUAGUGUUUAAUAUUAGGCACUUGAGAGACAAGAACUACUUAUGUUUUUUCCACUGAUUGAAAUCUGUUUAUUUUUUAUUCGAAAUGUAAUAAAACCUAUAACACAGA